GGGGACAUCUCGGGGCUCGGCAACACCCGCCGGGCACAGCGUUACCGUGUCGCUGUCCUCGCACACCUGCCCUGCCCUGCCCUGCCCAGCACUGCCCAGCACUGCCCAGCACUCGGGAGCGGCGCGGCGGCACUAACCGGGGGCUGCCCGUGAGUCCCAGAAGUUGCCGUCGCCCACGGAGGUCGAAGAGCGGGGAGACUUCCCCGGCCAAAUCGCCGCUUUUGGGGCUCGGACAGAAGGCGGCGCCGGCUGCUGGUCUCUAAGGAAGGGGCUAAAAGGAGUCAGGCGGCCCUUUGUCCAUCCCUGGGCCCCCGGGGUGGUCCAGCCCGCGGAGUGCGGUUGCGUAGCAACGGGGCACGCGCGCGGCGUCUCGCGCCGUGGCGGGGCCGGGAUGCGGGGAUUCACUCUCGGUGUCGGGAUGUAGCCUGAAGCGUUCCUGAAGGAGCCGUAGCCCUGAAGGAGCACCAGGUGUUGCAGUGGUCAGUGCUCACUCGGCAGCGUCCCUGGAGCUGCAGCCCGGGUUCGAUCCCUGUGGCUUGGGAACGUGGCAUUGGAAAAACCAGCCUGCCGGUGGGUGUAUCUGUUGGAGGUCUGUUGGGUGCAUCUGGCUGGAGAAAUUCUGCCAACUUCUUGUGGAGAACUGGUUUCAUGCAGUAGUACGUGUGGUAUGCCUUCUGGGACAUCCACGUGAUCCCAAAAGAAGCAAAAAAUAAUGGAGAAAGUAGCCAGACUAUCAGAGGGGUCCUUUCAAGGAAUCAGACUCCCCCCUACUCCUCCUGACAAGGUAUGCUGCUAAUGUAAGAUUGGUCCAUACUUGUUAGUUCCUCCUGAAUCUUUAUUGGGUGACAUUUCACAAGGGUGAACUGGGGAAGAGUUUCUGUGACCCUCUGGAAGAGUAACUUUGUUUUACCUGGCAGCUUGUGAACAAAGGAGUCUGUGGAUAAAGAUUUUAAAUAGGUUUGGCAUCUCUGUGCCAGGCUGCACCUGACAUCCCGAGUUGGCAUAUCCAGCCUUCCAGUUGUAUAGUACCUGUACCUUGAAUCCCUGCUUGGGAGGAAAGACAGUGCUUUGUGUAGCCCCUGAGCAAAAGGCAUCAUCGCCAACACUUGGAGUCAAAUUUGGGUGUAUCUUGCUCUGGCUCCAUUUACUUUUACAGGGAAAGAUUUGUCUGUGAAGUGAUUUCGUUGAACUUUACAGACCAGCAACUUGAAAGGACGUGUUUCUGACAGGUGCGGGGUGAAGGCCCCAAGGAAAGAACAAAUGCCUCACUUAGGUUUUCCAUUUUCCUUGCCAGUGACUGUACAGCUUUGCCUACAGCCAGUGGACAGCGAUUCACAGAUUUUGGUGUUGUUUUAUCCUUCAUCUUGGGUGAAGGAUAUCAAAUACUGUAUUUUAAAUAAAUAACAUAAUCUCGUUCUCUUAACAUCCCAAACAGCUGACAUCCUCAGCUGAAACAGUAGUGGACAUCCUUGUAGUUAAGUGAUUUUAAUUUCCUUGCUCAUCUGAGCCUCAGAACAGCCCUAAUGCAUUUUCAGCAACAGUUAACAGAGCAAACUGUUCAAUCUUUGUUUUUACUUAACAUGUGAUUAAUGCAAAAACAUGCUGCAACAUGCUCCAAGUUUAUGUUUUCCUGUAAAAGCUGAACGCUUUGAUAUAAGGUUCAUAGUUUUAUUGUCAACUCUACCUUCCAGCUGCCUUGUAUUUUGUCUUUCUGCCUCCUCAUUGUCCCUGGCAUGUUGUUCCCUGUGUUGCCAUUCUCAAACGUUUUUGUUUUCCAUCUUGCUCAGGCCAGAUGUCUCCACUGCUGCCUUUGACGUGCAGAGGCAACUUUGUUUCCCUAGACUCAACCCCCACUUCCUUCAUUCUUCCUUGACUUCAGGUCCUUUCACUGACCUUUCAGCUCUUGCUGGCUGGGGGAGCUUGGACAGCUGCAAUGGACACGUGGCCACUGCUGCCCACACGCUGCUGUUGGAGAGCCAGGGGCAGAGGGCCUGGGAGGGAGCCAGCAAGAUUGAUGUGCCUGCAUUUCUGAGGAGUACCUGCUCCCGGGGGUGGGAGAGGCAGCUCCAGAACCCCUGCCCUCCUCCUCUUCUGCUGCCUGUCUCCAAGCUGUGCCUUGUCCUGAGAAAUGGGUGUCUUUUCCAGGUAAGCUCCAGGUCCAUCUCACAUGUCCAGUGUUGUCACACUAAUAAAGAUUCCCAUGGCACUCUGCAGCCAAGAUGUCCAAUGACAUACUUUCCUGUUUGUGCAUGGAACCCAGGUCCUCUUUGUGCACCCUUGAUAUCCUCAGCAAAGAGUAAUUUCAUUGAUUCAUCCCCAGAGGUGUCCAGUUUAGUGAGGGGGGCUCGUGUGUUGGCAAGGAGAGACACUGAUGGCUAUUACUACCUGGGCCACAUUGCCCGAGAGGUGAAGGGCUCCAGGGAACGCUUUGUAAUUGAGUUUGACAAAAGUCGUGCUCGGAAAGGCAAGGUACAGCUCCGCCUGCAGGAAACGCCUCUCUACGACAUUCUCCACUACGAGGAUGCCAGGAGACGGCGUCUCGCUCCGGGAGACAGGGUCUUGGCACCGUGGGAGGCGAGAGCUGAACGUUUUGGCCCCGGCACUGUGCUAAAGGUUGUGGAGAGCAAGGAGGCACAUUUAGCACACAACAGAAGUGGAGUGCUUGUGAAUUUCUGGAAUGGGCAGACCAAGGAGGUGUCUUCUGACCAAGCUCUGCAGAUUCCUCUGCCCUUAAGCGAACGCAUCAUCCUAGAACUGCAGAUGCCUUUAGCAGCCAGGCAGAUGGUGGUAGAUUCAAGCUUACAUUACCCAUACAUUGUGACACCGGGUUAUAGAGCCUCAGGCCACUACAGGCUGGGUCACUCAGGCCUGGACUGCUGGCCAGGGGGUCUGUGUUCAGCUCAUCUAUGUGCUAAGUGCAGCUGGGAGUGUACCUCGCUCCCCCGGUGCUGCCUGGCAGCCUGGGAACCCACACGGCCUGCAGGGUGCAAAGUGCAGCAGGAAAAUGCCUUCAUCCCAGGAACAGGCUUGGCUGAAGAAGUGCUCAGCAAGGAAAUAGAAGAGGAACUGUCUGAAUUGAGAAUUACAUCUUCAGAAAGUGUUUCCAGAGAGGAAGAGAAAAAGGAAGAGACGAGAUUAGAGAUAGAAAAUGUUCCAAAAGACGUUUGGUCUUGUUUGGAAGAGGACAAUGAGGUUGUAGAACCUAAGAAGGGUGCUCAGAGGGAGAUGGCUCAUGCUAUGGUUGAUACCGCUGUCAACACAGACAGCUGGUUAAUGGAGACAGAUCACAAGGAGGAACCAGAGAGCAGACAGCAGGAUGCUGAAACUGAAGCUAAUUUUAAACAUGAACAUGGUCUUUUUGAGUCCAAAGUGGCAGAAGCUCCAGGCCAGCAUUCCCCAAGGAGCCCUUCCCUGGGAACCAGUGCUUUGGUUCCUUUCAGGCGCCAAAGCUUCUUUGACCAAGUGAAUCAAUCGCUAGAGAAAGACAGCCUGACCAUCAAAUCAGCUCUACGUGUACAGAGACCACACAGUACCACCAAUGGGCUGGCUAGGAGAUCCACAAAACUUCUAAACCUUCUAAAAGACAAAAGCAUUACAAAAUCAAUCCUUAAUAGUGCAUCUCAGGAGAGAUGCAAAGAGAUGGACUUCGAUAGAGCCAAGACUGAGCAUAAAAGGAGGAAAGAGGAACAGAGGCAGCUGAAGAGGGAGCAGCAGCAAGAGGCAGAUGGCAUCCAGCACCAGCUGCGCAAGGACAACCAGAGGCAGCAGUUGCGUCAGAGAACAUUGCAAGGGCUGGAGAAACAGCUGGAGCACAAAGAGAGAGCUUUGCAGCACAUGGCACUGCUCCAGGCUGCUGGGGCUGAGAGGAGCAGGAAGGAAUCCUCCUUUCAAGAGGAGGGGAAGAGGAAAGCAAGUCAGAGGCUUCAGUUCUUAAAGACACAGCGUUCACACAGAGAGGAGUUGCAGGCAGAAUGCAAUGAAAGGAGCUUUGAACAAGAGAAAGAAAGGCUGGAGUUUGUGAGGAGCAGAAUGCAGCCACAGCAGGAAAUGUUGGAACAAGAACCACGGGAGCAGGACAAGCAACAAAACCAGCAUCAGGCUGCCAAAGUGAGAGCGUUCCAGAGUGGAGACCGAAGAUCGGAAGAUGGAAAAAGAAGACCAAAAAAUCCAUGAUCUCCAGCAGUACCUCGGAGAACAGUCCCUUUUGCUGCUUCGGGCAUCCCUGCUAGUGUAAGGAAGCUGCAGAGCAGGGGAGAAGCCCUCUAGCAGUUCACAGACCUGGUCUUUGUCUUGUAGGUGUGACUCAGUGUGCUACAGUUGUGACAAGUGGAAUUACAAUUCCCGGAGAGGUCUUUAACCUCCCUUUCAUAGCAGCCAGAGUGCAUGUCCACUGCUCUGUCCUUUACAUGCCUUUCUUUCUGGAGUUACUAUUCUGGCUCACCAGCCUGGGCUUCAGGUAAGUACAGAUCUUCUACUGUCAGGGUGUAGGUACUGCUUGAGAUGUGUUGGCCACUCCUUUAGAGGAGGAAUGACUUUUAGAAGCCCAGAACAGAAAAAGAAAGUGGUGUGGGGUUUUUGUUUGUUUGAUUUUUGUUUGGUUUUUUUAAUGACAAGCUCCCCUUUCUAGGCACUGUGAUGACCAAAAGGUCUGAUCUGUGAAAUAACUGUCUUUGGAGAGUCACCAAACCCAACGGUGGGCUUGGGUUUCUGUUUGGCCUACAGUCUCCCUGGCAGGCUGGCAGUCUCCAAAGCGGGUCAGAAAGAUACUCUGAUACCUUUUCAGGUAGGGCCCAUGCUUACAAUAACCACACCUUUUGCUCUUUGUGAAUAAAUGAGGAGAACGUUACAAAGACAAAUGAAUUGGUAAAUUGAUGGUUAACAAAAUACAGUGGCUGUGUCACAGGCAAUGUUAUUAUCAGCUCUGGGUAACCAGAAACGUACCUGUUCUUUUCAGAUGGGUAUUUAGGGAAGGAGAACGGACGUGGCACAGUUUAUUUGCUGGAACGCUCAGGGCUAGGUGGAAAUAUGUUCUUAUUUUACACAGAAUUAUGCUAAAAUAAAUACAAUACAUGUGAUACCUUGUUUCGAGUAAUGCCUGGAACCAAACUAGAUACAAAAUUUAAAUGUGGUUGCCUGACAUUCUGUGUACACUUAGAAACAUGUUGCACGUGUUGUGGCACACUGCUCAACAAAAAGUGUGAGUAUAAAAAUGUAUGUCUUUUGCAAGAAUACAGCACAAGUGAUAAUGGCAGUUACUUAAGAAAAAAAAAGGUAAAAUUAAGAAAACUUGUAAAAGGGAGCUCCUUUGAAAUCCUGCCAGCAGUUUCUUAGCAGUAAGUCUCAGACUGCAUUCCUCUACGGAUAAUGGAGAGGCUAUGCCUUCAGCUUUCCCCUAAAAAGACAAAGUUAAGUCUCUCAUCCAGAUGUUUACAAAUUAUUCAGAAGCCUUAAUAGCUGAAAGGGGUAUUUUUAAACUUUAGGAUCUAUAAUAUGCAUAAGCCAUCCUCAGAUUUUUGGUUUUUUUAAAAAAAAAGGGGAAAGUAAGGAUGAGCCUAAAUACCAGGUGAAGGCUUUGACAUUUUGUUUGUUUAAGUUAAGGUCUGGAAAAAAUAUAACUGCAUGUUAUGGAAACCGCAUGUGAUGCACAGUUUUGCAUUUUAGACAUGGAAUUCCAUCAUUUGGUUUACAUUCUGUUUAGGCUCUGGAAAAGUUGGCUGGAAGUUGCUCAGCAGGAACACGGGUGGUUGUGCCUAAGACCUGCAUAAUUAUGGAUGAGGCCCAGGCUGUGCCUGGCAUCUCUAUCCUGAGCCGGGUGGAAAGGGAAGAGGGCACAUGCCCCACUGAUGGAAAGUGGGUGCUGGCAGCACAUGGAGAUUUUCUUUAAUGUAUUGCUUUGGGGUUGCUUGCUUUUCUUCUUGAGUUCUCUUCUACAUAAAAUCAUGUGCUAGUCAGGACAAUGGCGUGCCUACUUAUGACUUUAGGUCUAACUAAGAGAAACAAGUCUAAAGCUUAAAAGAUACUAAACUCUACUGCUGUCCUAUCCUUAAGCACUUGGAAAUAGAAUAUGCAGUGAUUAAAGGAAAGUACGUGAAAUAUAUUGAGCUGAACCUAAA